AUGCCUUCACAUCGUGGAUAUUCUUUACAAGAGAUCCUUGCAAUAGCUCGCAUUCACCCAUUUUACUCUGAUGUUGAGUACCCUCCAGACAGAAAUACUGUUGAGGCUGUCACGAAGCAAGCCGCAUCCUCAUCCCUCCCGGACUUACGCAGCCUGCCACUGCUCUGGAAGACAGACCUGUACGAUGUGAUUGAGAGACUAGUCAAAGACCAUAGCCGCGAUAACACCUACCGCCGCAGUGUCUACACGAGCGUGACCGGUGGCGGAUCAGGUUCUCAGACUCUGUUCUUUGCCACAGAUGUACUUGAGAAUCGUAUUCAUAGGGCAAACUUUGGGAGGCUCCUUCGCAACACGGGUGUCAUUAAGGAUGACGACUGGGUCUUAUCGACACAUUGGGGAGGGCACCUAUCUCUAGAUCUUACGUGCGAGAUACUAGAGAAUGCGGGCGCCUCAGUGCUUGCCGCUGGAAGUACCAUGCCACUCACAAAAGUCGUUAAUAACCUUCAAGACUUUCGCGUCAAUGUUUUGGCUGGUGAUUCGAGCCAGAUCAUUUCAAUUGUGCAAUACAUCUCAACUCUCCCAUCGGCUGAAAGAUAUAAGAUCAAGCUCAACAAGAUCAUAUACACGUCUGAAUCACUCACCGCUGCCCAAAGAAAGCACGUUCAUACUAUUCUCGGCUGUGUCAAGAUUUGUUCUAUGGUCGGUAGCAGUGAAGCCGGACCGUAUGGGGUGAGCAAUCCUGAUCUGACGGAGUUGGAUCCAUCUGCGGACUGUGCAGACUUUAUCUUCGACACGCGAAUGAACAUAUUCGAGAUUUUGCCUCUGUCUUGUACCCAGAUGAGUGGAUUAGCGCCUCUCUCUGAAGGGGAGAAAGGGAUGAUUGCACAGACUUCUCUUGCUCGACUGAGGAAUCCUCUCGUGCGAUACAUGACAGCCGACAUUGGCUCGCUCCAUCCUUUAUCUGCUAAAGCUCACGCGCACAUUCCCAAAGACGAAUGGCCGUACAUGCGAGUUCUUCGCUUGUACGGUCGCGAUCGUCGCUUCAGUUUUGACUGGGAUGGGGGAUACUUUGACUUUGGAGUUCUCGGCGAGGUUAUGCAGCAGGAUGAUCUUGGAAUUUUGCAGUGGCAGGUCAUCUUGAAUCGUAUGGAGUCUUCGCCAGAGUCAUUGUUGGAAAUCCGGUUGCUGUGUUGCCAGGAUCCUGUCUACAGAGAAGCUGCUAUAGGUCAGCUCAGAUACUUCUUUGAUGUUACUGGAGGGAACGAACAUCGCUUUCGGGUCGUUUUUGUUGAGGGACUUGGUGGCUUUAAGCUGAGUGAGACGGGAAGAAAGGUUGUCAAGUUUGUUAAUCGGUUUGACUAG